AUGGAAAUUACUAAGCGCUAUUCCUUGCUGUGGGGCGCAGGGUACCGGCCACCAGGCUUUCAGGGUGCACCUGGGUACGGCCCUCCAGGUGGCCAGCCUGGGCCACCCUCAGGAGCGCCUGGUGGCUAUGGGCAGCCCAGUUACCCACCCUCUAACGCAGGUAUGGCAUUGCUGUGGCUGCAGAGCGUGCUGGACCAGUUUGAUUCGCUGACGCUGGGGCCGGGGGCGCCGGGGCAGCAGCAGGAUCCCAUGCAGAGCCCGGCCUACUACCCGCGGCCGACCGGUGAGGAGGCCGCUGCCGCGCGCGCACCCCUGCCGCCGGCCCACCCUGGCAACUGCGACGCGCGCUUCAUGCGGCCCACCGUCAACGCCGUACCCAACCAGCAGGCGAUGCGAGCGCGAUUCCAGCUGCCCACUGGGCUGAUCGUGCACCCGAUGGCCGAUCCGCAAGAUCUGCCAGUCAUCGGACUCGACGCGGGCGGCAUUGUGCGCUGCCGGCGCUGCCGCACCUACAUCAACCCCUUCGUUACCUGGACUGACAGCGGCAGGCGCUUCCAGUGCAACGUGUGCGGCAUGUUUACGGAUGUUCCGAUGGACUAUUUCUGCGCGCUCGACCAGAAUGGCCAGAGGCACGACAUUGCCCAGCACCCCGAGCUAACGCAGGGCUCUGUUGAGUACCUGGCGCCACAGGAGUACAUGGUGCGGCCGCCGAUGCCGCCGCGAUUCUUCUUCGUGAUAGACGUGUCGACUCAGGCGGUACAGUCGGGAUCGCUGCCGGUGGUGUGCCAGGCGAUCAAGGACAGCCUGGACAGCCUGCCCGGCAGCAGCCGCACCCAGAUCGGCUUCCUCACCUUUGACUCCUCCCUCCACUUCUACAACCUCAAGUCCAGCCUCUCCCAGCCCCAGAUGCUGGUUGUGGCGGAGAUAGAGGAGCCCUUCCUGCCGCUGCCGGAUGAUCUGGUGGUGAAUCUGCAUGAGAGCCGUGCUGUAGUGGAAGCUCUUCUCGACUCCCUCCCCCAGAUGUUUGCCAGCAACAUGGUGGUGGAGAGUGCUAUGGGCCCUGCGCUUCAGGCGGCGUUCCUGGCCAUGCAGGACUUUGGGGGCAAGAUGCUGCUCUUCCAGAGCGCCGUGCCCUCCCUUGGCCUGGGCAAGAUAAAGAACCGGGACAAUGCUGCGCUGUGGGGCACGGACUCGGAGCACAAGCUGCGCAACCCGGACGACCCCUUCUACAAGAAGUUUGCCGCCGAGUGCUCCCGCGUCCAGAUCGCAGUCGACGUCUUCGUGCUUGGGGCGGCGAGCGGGCAGGGGAUGCCGGCGGUGUACAUGGACCUGGCAUCGCUGGCGACGCUGCCCAAGUACACCUGCGGCCAGCUCUAUUCUCUGCCGGCCUUCAGCGCCAAGCGCGACGGCCCCAAGCUGGCGCAUGACGUGCGGCACAACCUGUCGCGGCCGACGGCUUGGGAGGCCGUCAUGCGCAUCCGCUGCUCCAAGGGCCUGCGCAUCUCCUCCUUCCACGGCCACUUCUUCAUCCGCUCCUCCGACCUGCUCGCCCUGCCGCAGGUGGACCCAGACAAGGCAUUCGCGGUGCAGAUCCAGCACGACGAGUCCGUGGUGACCGGCCCCGUCGCCUACGUCCAAUGCGCGCUGCUCUACACCUCCUCCAACGGGGAACGCCGCAUCAGGCGCGCCAUCAGUCACCUGACUCAGGUGCACACGAUGGCGAUGCCGGUGGUGACAGAGGUGCAGGACCUCUUCCGGGCGGUGGACGGCGGCGCCACGCUGACACUGCUCGCCAAGCUGGCAAUGGAGAAGGCCUGCACCUCCAAGCUGGACGACACGCGCAACGCCAUACAGACAAAGCUGGUGCUGGCGCUGCGCGAGUACCGGCUGCUGCACGCGGCCGCCUCGCGCGGGACGACUCUGCCGCACAACAAGCUCAUCUUCCCGCCCACCCUGCGCUACCUGCCCGUCUGGAUUCUGGGGCUGCUGAAGACGCCGGCGCUGCGCGGGAGCAUGCGCGACGUGGCGACGGACGAGCGGGCGGCCUUCUGCUUCGACAUCAGCUCUGCCGGGGUGGACCAGCUGCUCACGUGGGUCUACCCCUCGCUCUACCCAGUCCAUGACCCCUCCGGCGACUGGGGCAAGCCCGACGCCCAGGGCAGGAUAACCCGGCCGCUGCCGUCGCCGAUGACGAUGGAGGCGGUGGACAGUUCGGGGGCGUACCUGCUCGACUCCGGCCGCAUCUUCGUCCUCUGGCUUGGCGCCAACGGUUUGACCCUUAAAUUAUUGACCCUGCAGGUGUUUGAGGUGGAUGCCUCACGCGGCCAGCCGGACGGCUUCUCGCUGCAGGUGGAGCCGCCGCGGCAGUCGGACCUCAGCCGCCGCAUCUGCGCGCUCCUCAACGACCUGCGCGCGCACCGCAGCAACUACGCCGGCUGCUUCGUCGUCCGCCAGGGCACACAGCCGGAGGCGCACGUGCUGCCCUGGUUUGUGGAGGACAGGACGCAGAUCUCACAGUCCUACCAGGAGUUUGCCGCCAUGCUGCAGAAGUCUGUCAUGGCCAAGUCGUGA